UAUCACUCCAGAUUGCAUUGCCAGUAAAAUCCGGAAACAGCCUUCUGCAAGCAGCUCUCGUCUUAUUCAAUUCCUCGGCUUAUCUCUUGAAAAUCUGUCUCUAUUUGCGGUUCAUUGGCGAAAGCGGGACACAGGAAUCAGUAUCAAUGGCUACCAUUGCACCUCCUCGACCACAGGAAUCAGUAUCGACGGCUACCAUUGCAACUGCUCGCAAGCUGCAAGUGAAGGACCCUGUGCCGGCCGAUAUUGUCAUCGCACAGUCCGUAGAGCCGACGCCGAUAUCUGAGAUUGCCAAGGCUGUUGGUCUGCAGCCGUCCGAGUACGAGCUCUACGGGAAUCUCAAGGCUAAGGUUUGCUUGUCCGUGAAGGACCGGCUGAAGGACGCAAAGGAGGGAUAUUAUGUGCUGGUUGCGGGAAUCUCACCAACGCCGCUAGGAGAGGGCAAAUCCACCACCACCAUCGGGCUCGCACAGGCCCUUGGAGCCCACCUCGACAAGGCGUGCAUUGCGUGCAUCCGUCAGCCGAGCAUGGGACCCACCUUUGGCAUCAAGGGAGGAGCAGCCGGAGGAGGCUACAGCCAGGUGAUCCCGAUGGAAGACUUCAACCUGCACCUCACCGGCGACAUCCACGCCAUCACCGCGGCCAACAACCUCCUCGCCGCCGCCAUCGACACUCGAAUCUUCCACGAAGCCGCUCAGUCUGACAUGGCGCUCCUGCGCCGCCUGUGCCCGGCGGACAAGGAGGGCAAGCGGCGGUUCUCUCCGGUCAUGCUCCGGCGGCUGAAGAAGCUGGGGAUCGAGAAGAGUGACCCUGACGCGCUGAGCGAGGACGAGGUGCGGCGGUUCGCGCGGCUGGAUAUCGACCCGGAGAAGAUCACGUGGCGCCGGGUGAUGGACAUCAAUGAUAGGUUUCUGCGCGGUAUCACCAUAGGGCAGGGUCCGGAGGAGCGGGGGCUGACUCGUCAGACGGGGUUUGACAUCAGCGUGGCGAGUGAGAUCAUGGCCGUGCUCGCCCUCACCACGUCGCUGGACGACCUGCGGGAGAGGCUGGGCCGCAUGGUCAUUGGCAGCAGCAGAGCGGGCGACGCCAUCACUGCUGACGACCUCGGGAUUGGUGGCGCGCUGACGGUCAUCAUGAAGGACGCCAUCCGCCCCACGCUGAUGCAGACCCUCGAGGGCACGCCCGUGCUGGUACACGCGGGCCCCUUCGCCAACAUCGCGCACGGCAACUCGUCCAUCAUCGCGGACCAGAUCGCGCUCAAGCUCGUAGGGGAGGGCGGCGUCGUGUGCACUGAGGCGGGGUUCGGCGCUGACAUUGGCGCAGAGAAGUUCUUCAACAUCAAGUGCAGGUACAGUGGUCUGCGCCCGCACUGUGCAGUGAUUGUGGCAACGGUGCGCGCGCUCAAGAUGCACGGAGGCGGCCCAGCAGUGGCGGCAGGGAAGCCCCUUGACCACGCAUACACCUCAGAGAACGUGGACUUAGUCGCCAAGGGGUGUGCCAACCUCGUCAGGCACAUAGAGAACACGAGGCGGUACGGCGUCGCAGUGGUGGUGGCGGUGAACCGGUUUGCUGCGGAUACCGAGGCUGAGCUGGAGGAGGUUCGGAAGGCAGCUUUGGCGGCAGGCGCGGUGGAUGCCGUUGUGUGCUCGAACUUCGCUCAUGGAGGGGCGGGCGCGGCAGCACUGGGAGCAGCAGUGGUGAAGGCAUGCAGUGAUGUGGCGGCCAGGGGGGCGAGUGGGGAGAGUGGGUUCAAGUUCCUCUAUGACCUGGACCGCAGCAUCAAGGAGAAGAUCGAGACCAUUGCCACCGUCACCUACGGUGCUGCUGGAGUGGAGUACUCGCCUGAGGCUGAGGCCAAGAUUGAGCAGUACACAAAGCAAGGAUUCGCCAAUCUGCCCAUAUGCAUGGCGAAGACACAGUACUCCUUCUCCCAUGAUGCGGCUCUCAAGGGCGCUCCUUCCGGUUUCACCCUUCCCAUCCGGGACGUGAGGGGCGGUGUUGGUGCGGGGUUCAUCUUCCCGCUCGUGGGUACCAUGAGCACCAUGCCUGGAUUGCCCACUAGGCCAUGCUACUUUGACAUAGAUCUCGACACAGACGACCGGCGACAUUAUUGGUUUGUCAUGAUACAUUUGAAGGGUGUACCAGCCCGGCUUGCAAGUUAGCCAAGCAUCGCGUGUUUUGGUGGUCUUCUAGGUUUCUUUAGCUUUGACAUUUCAUAUACGUGGCUAUAAGGAGGUGGUGCCUUGUCCUAGUUCCAUGUAAGUUGCAAUUCUCAGGGAAGGCAGUGGAUUCUCG